CACCGCCGCCAAUGCCCUUCAGCCCCGUGGUGACCGCGUCGCGGGGCCCGCGGUUCGCCGAACGUCCCGGAGUGUGCUGGUCGGGGGAAGCGGUUCGGGGAGGGACCGGUUCCGGCCGGGAGCUGAGCGCAGGCUCGGCCUCUCCGCUCCCUUCCUGCUCAGCGCCCGGUGCGGGCCUGGCGGGUCCGGUGGUACCGGGAUCCUGCGGGGGGGCAGGAGGAUGUCCCGGGUGCCGGUGGGGAAGGUGCUGCUGCGGAACGUCAUCCGGCACACGGGAGCGCACAACAAGCAGCCGGAUGCGCAGUGAUGGGUUUGAUGAGGAGGGACACAGAGCUGACUGGAAAACCAGGAACUCACCAUUUUUUGACCCAGUUGAAGAUGAUCUCCUGAGGGCCCGAUCCUGGAAUAAAAAACUCUAUGAGUGUGAAGCCAACAUGCCAGACAGAUGGGGUCACAGUGGCUAUAAAGAGUUGUACCCUGAGGAAUUUGAUACAGAUAGUGACCAGCAAGGAGGAGAUGAACAAAAUGCUAUGAAUGGAAAGAAGAAAUCUCACCUGGGAAAGCAAAGUGCCCGUGAGGGACACAAACGGAAAAAAACAAAGAAAUCCCACAAGAAGAAGCAAAAAAAGAGAUCACACAAAAAGAGGAAGAAAAAGAAAAAGGAGCAGGGGAGAACAUCCUCAGAGUCUUCCCGGGAGAGUGAGUGCUCGGAAGCAGAGACUUCAAGCACCCAGAAAAGGAAACACAAGCGCAAGAAAAAGACCAGGAAAGUGCCUGCCAGGGAUCCUACCUCUUCAUCUGGGCAGGAAAGUGACUUUUCUCAUGCAAGCAGCUCAAGCACCAGCAGCUCUGAGGACAGUGAAUCCGAGGAGAAAAAGGAGAAACGGCCCCCAAAAAAGAGAAAGAAACGUCCCAACUCUGUGUCAGAGAGGCAGAAUGAAGUACCAGAGAAGAGGAGCAAGAGGAAGAACUGGAAAGUGGCCACUGAUGAGAAAUCAGAGGAUAGCUCAGAGGAGGACUGAUGAGUCCAGGCUGCAGCUCAAACAGUGAGGCAGAGGACAGAGGCAGGUAUUUAUCUUUCAGCACUGCCCCAUGGUACAACUUGUUUCAACACUGUGGUUUAAAUAUAUCCUGCCAGCCCAUGGGAGAGAAACUGAGCCCUGGCAGCCUGCAGUAGGUGCCUCUUUGCUUUUCAUUGACUUUCAGAAAACCAGGGGAGCAGAUGCCUGCUUCACAGGUUGGUGGGUCCUGCCAACUGAGAUUCUGUGACCAGGCUGACCUUUGAUGCACGAAAAUAUCAGCUGUGUGCAGGGGGAAAACAAUGUGCACCAAAAACAUUUUUUUUUUUUUCAAUUAAGUUUUAACAGGUUGCUUUCUUGGGUUACCCAAUACUUGAGCAAGACUUGCAGUAGGAGAGGGGAGUCACAAAAAGUCUGAUAACAGAGGAAAUGUCACUGGAUGUAGCCCCACUGGAUUUAGUGUUGUCUUCCCAUCCUCCAGCAAAAGCAGAUCUUGUGGUGGCACAGAUCAGUCAGGACACAGAAGGGAGCAUGAAGGAAUUACUCUCAUUCCAGCUGAAGGUGCAGUGAAUCCUUCCAUAAUGAUGAAGAAAACACACCAGUGCAUUUGCUUGUUCUGGACUUCUCUCCUAAUCCUGUUGUGGGCCAGCCACUGUGUCUGCCAUUCCUCCCUUCUCUCUGGAGGGAUGUUGGAAUCCUGUGUGCUGGCAGAGCCUUGGUGGGUGGUGUGUUCUGCCUCUGGUCUGCCCAGUGUACAGCUGGAGGAUUUGGUACUGGGCCAUUCUCCCUGCAGCUGAACAGCCAAGCCUUUUAACAAAUAAAUACAUCCAGACAA